AGCAAACACGGCUUAGGCACGGGCUCUAUAUUCCUUCAGCAUGACACCUUCAGCUACUUCAGUUGGUACUUCUGACUUUGUCAGUAAUCACGACUCGGAGACCUCCCGAAACAAACACGGCCCUGAGUUGCAGAACAAAACACCGCUUCAAGCUAUGUCCCAUGGUGGCGUUGCUCUUGGCGGCAUGUCAAAACAUUUGGGCUUCCAAUUACACCGUCAAUGGCAACUCAAUCAUAUGGCUGCUGCCUUCCGUCACUGGCAUCGCGAAGGCUAUGUCGAGGGGAUGAGUGGGCAUGUGCCGGUUCGUGAUCCAGAGUUCCCCAAUGCAUUUUGGACUAACCCCCUAGGCCGGCAUUUCGGCCUCUUGAAAGUUGGCGAUAUGAUUCUUGUCGACUUGGAUGGAUCUGUCAUUAGUGGUAAUCGAUCUGCUCCUCCGAGUACUGCCGGGUUUCUUAUUCACGCCUCGGUUCAUAAAGCUAGACCGGAUGCCCAUGCUGUUUGCCACUGCUAUAGUGUGUAUGGAAAGGCAUGGUCGGUCUUCGGUAGACGGCUGGACAUGUUAACGCAAGAUGUUUGCAAGUUUCGAGGAGAUGCGCAUGCCGUGUAUGACAGCUACGGAGGUCUCGUCUUGGGUAGUGAAGAAAGCGACCGCAUUGCUAGCGUACUCGGUCUAAAUGGCAAGGGGUGCAUUCUCAGAAACCAUGGCAUCCUGACCGUUGGGGAAACUGUCGACGAGCCUGCGUUCUUAUUUACAUCUACCUAUGGAACGAACAUGUCAGAGGCGACAUCGCACGGAGAUAGUGGCCUCCGGAAGGUGCAAAUCAGUGAUGACGAGGCGAACUUCAACUUUGACGUUGAGAGUGAUCCUGAGAUUUGCUACUGCGAGUUCCAGGUGUAUUAUGACCUGGAGGAUGAGCUAUCCGGUGGAAGCUUAAAGGCUUAAAUGGGGAUGACUUCCAUAGACGCAAACUUGUCAUCUCCGAUGUUAAGCUAGAUAAUACAGGC